GAGUGGCUCCGGUGGUUCGACUCGACAUCACCUCACCCGGCGUGAAAGACGGCGGCUAAGCUAGAUGGUACUCCGGAUCGGCAGCUAGCGUGAAGGAUUUGCACGUCCAGAGGAAGAGGAAGAAGAAGCCGAACUGUACCGUCAUGGCUCUUUACGAAUAUGUCACAAAAGAGCAGCUGGCGGGGUUCGACAGAUAUAAAUACAGCGCCGUGGACACGAACCCCCUGUCCGUCUACGUGAUGCAUCCUUUCUGGAACUUUUUAGUGAAGUUUUUACCAACAUGGCUGGCUCCGAACCUCAUCACAUUUACUGGUUUCAUGUUCCUCGUGCUGAACUUCCUCAUGUUGGCCUUCUACGACUUCGACUUCACUGCCUCUUCUGCAGGAAACCAGCAUGUGCCUAGCCUGGUGUGGGUGGCUGCUGGGAUCUUCAACUUCUUAGCCUACACUCUCGACGGCGUCGACGGGAAACAGGCCCGCCGCACCAACUCCUCGACGCCACUGGGGGAGCUGUUCGACCACGGCCUGGACAGCUGGGCGUGCAUCUUCUUCGUGGCCACCGUGUACUCCAUAUUCGGGCGCGGGGAGAGCGGCGUGGGCGUGGUCACGCUCUACUACAUCCUGUGGGUGGUGCUGUUCUCCUUCAUCCUGUCCCACUGGGAGAAAUACAACACGGGCAUCUUGUUUUUGCCCUGGGGCUACGACAUCAGCCAAGUGACGAUCUCCCUUGUUUACUUGGUGACUGCUGUGGUGGGAGUGGAGACCUGGUACCAGCCAGUGAUCUUUAACCUUCUCUACAGGGACCUCUUCACCUUCAUGAUCAUAGGCUGUUCGUUUACUGUGACGUUACCCAUGAGCCUCUACAACGUCUUGAAGGCUUACAGGAGCAACACUCUGAAGCACAGCAGCCUGUACGAAGCCUUCCUGCCUUUCCUGUCCCCCGUCCUCCUCUUCGUCUUGUCCACCGCCUGGGUCGUCUUCUCCCCGUCCAAGAUCCUGGAGCUGCAGCCCAGGAUGUACUGCCUCAUGGUGGGGACGGCGUUCGCCAAUGUCACAUGUAAGCUGAUCGUGUGUCAGAUGAGUAACACCCGCUGCGAGCCGCUGACCUGGCUGCUGCUGCCGAUGACGGUGGUGGUGGGCGGAGCCGUCACGAGGGUCUUCACCAACGAGACGCUGCUGCUUUACUUAUGGACGGCCGCGGUCAUCCUCACGCACAUACACUACGGCGUAUCGGUGGUGAAGCAGCUCAGCGACCAUUUUAGCAUCUUUGCCUUCUCCCUGAAGAAGCCCAGCCGGGACUGACAGGAGGAGGAACGAAUCGGCCUGACGGCGGCAGAGGUCUAAGCUGCUCCUCUGUUCCACCUAACGACACUUCACCCUCACCGCGGAAACAGAGCCCCCUCCCCCUUCACAAAAAGGACGCUGCAAGUGAAACGGACAGUGGCCUUCCUCUGCCCUCCACACACACGACACACACAGUCACACUCGAACGCACAUUCCCAAAGCGAACCCGAUCAGAGUCCGGUCACGGCGACGGGGUUGGGCCCCAGGGCCCCUAGCUUUUGUCACUGGUGAUUGGCUGUCUUUGUCGAGCCAAUGAGGUGCUAUUGUUUCCUACGGAAAUGCACUUCCGUCACGGCGGACGGGAGCCCGCAGGAGCCAUGAGACUUUACCGGGGAGGCCCCCCCUCAUUACCCGGAGCGUUCAGGAUCUCUUCGUCCAAACCUCAAUAAUUAAACUGAAGCUAGUUUUCCGAGUCGAGACCUUUAACAGUCUGCUCCGUCGGGUUGGCUCAAAAAGACAGACGUGUGAGCUAAAUACAGAUUAUAUGGGUAAUCUCUGAAGCCACAUAGUAUUAUGAAUGUAUAGCAAUGCCCUGGGGAAACGCCAUUUCAGUCUAAAUGUCUGAACAGGAAUGUCUGAAGGAGUGUUGUCGAUCAAACCUGGGAGCACUGGGAACACUGGGAAACUGCAGCUCCAGUUUUGUCCAGAAUUUAAACGUUUGGUCAAUUCCCCCUUUUUGUUUUUUUUUUUGUUUUUUUAAAUCUUCCAGUGACUCAUCUGUGGUAAAUGUUAGUAACUUCUUGUAUAUAUUCUAAAAACAUUGUUUGGGGUGAAAUUUCUGUAACGAAGCCUAAAAGAGUGUAAACUAUUGGACACAUUUCCCUUCUAACUAAUUAUUCUCCUCUGCGCUCGGAGCUGAUUAUUGACUAACUGGGGCGAGACUCAAAUCAGGUUGACCUCUACUAACCCUUUCUUAGUUUUUACUCGAGUACCAGCUCUCCCUUCCCUCUGAGGUGUCGUGUUUUCACGCUGAUUCGUUCUUCUUCUUCCUUGUUCCAUAUUUUUAAAAUUUCAUUUCUUUUUUUUUUUAUCCGUUUUGGCUACGCUUCUCUUUGCGGUAGUUGUUAUGUUGCGCAGCGCUUGAAUGAAGAGUGCGUCCAAAAGCCGCCAACGGAGCGGACUCACUCUGAGGGACCAAGCCUCCGCACAGAACAGCACAAAACCUCUUAACGCCGCUUGUUGUCGUGGGUUUUCUUUUCAUUUCUUUUUCUACCAUGUGGCGCAGAGCUAGCGUCGUUUUUGUCUUUGUUUUUCAGGAUGUUGAACGCCACUCGUCUCUUUGUCUCCAAGUUGGCGGGGUUUUUAUGUUCGACUUUUUCACAAAACAAGGUUUAAGUUGGUUGAGGCGGACAUUUCUCACAACUGAGGAUGCACCAAUCGGAGCUUCCCUGACUGAUACCGAUUUUUUUUCUUCUCUUUUUUUCUUAGAGGUUUAAUUGCUACGUUUUCUUCUAAGGAAUAAAGUACAAAUGACUUCCGCAGGUUCUCUAAUAGAGAUUUUGGUUUCCAUUCUAACGGAGCAUGAAGGAAUAUCAGUGGCAUUUUCCUUUCAUUUCUCUAAAUGUGUCUCAAAGUUUAUGUUUAUUUCCUGAAACUGUGGGCAUUUCCUAGCUUUGAUGCGCUUAAAGGACAGGGGGAGGAAAAAACCCCAGAUCGGAUCCCAUUAGGGAAAAAAUCCGCCCGGUUCCUAUUGCUCUGUUAUCGAUCGGUGCAUCUGUACACGCAACUGGUCUGACGGGCUGAAAAGUCAGCAACGUAGCACCAUUUAAUGCGUGUCUGUGUCACAAUUAGUUAGAACCACAAAAUUAGAAUAUUAACGUUGUGUCAGUAGUUGUGAUUAAUUCAGCUGAAUACAAAUACCCAUCCAAGGUCCUGUUUACCUUACAUACUGGGUGUAGGCUGGGUACCGGGAUGCCGGGUUUUAAAAAUGUCCUUCCGUCAUCCCAUACGUAAAGAGCUAUUUUCUUUACCCAACAUGCCGGAGAUCAUGCCAGACUGAUUAGAAUUUUCGACAGUUGUAUAAAGAAUGGCCCUUCCCCCACCUGUUGCUGUGCACGUGUAAGAUGUAGAGUUGGAUGUCUGGAAGUAGACAGAUAUCUGGACAGAUAGCCUGACUAAUUAACCAGCUGCUUGCGUCUUGUUUUAUCUGCAUUUCUCCAUGAAAAGCAGAUAAGAAAAGGAAUACUUUGUGAAAUUAGCACUUGAAAACUACUGCUAAACUUAGAGGCGGUUCUAUUAAAAAUUUGCAGCUCAGAUCUGUGUAUCAGAAUCCAAGAAAUUAUAAAUAAAUGUAUAUUAUGCUGUUUUGACAUUAGUAAUCAGUAUGCUGUGUUAUAGAAAUCACUUUUGCUCUUUUGUGGAGUUUAAAAUAGAAAUUGAGUCAUGUUAUACAUUUCUGUUUUAAAUCUGGGAGCAAGUAGUGCAUAAUUCAUACAGUUAAACGUUAUAAACAAAAAUAUAUAACAUGAUUGUUUUAUUUAAAACAGAAAAGCAAAAAUGUCCCAUCAUCUAAAGUAACCUUCUGUUAUAAUAUAAAAAAAAUAGUAUGCCAUUAUAUAUAAACAUUUUUAGAUUUUGAUUCAUACUCAUACAUAAAUUUAGUAGAGUCACAUUCUAAACGUAGUGGUUUUUAACUGAUUAUUUCAACAAAUUUUGUUUGUUCUGUUCUGUGUGUGGUUUUUUUUUUCUUUCUAUUUUUAAAUAGACAAUAAAAAGCUGAUAUUGUCAUGUAAUUUUUUUUAGGGGGUAAUCUCGAGCAGCUAGCCUGUUAAGCUAGCUGCUUAACCGCCAUGUUUUUCAUGGCUGCAGUUUUUGCGACCGGAAAUAUUAGCAAACUGCCGAUUUAGCAUUUUUCAUCUCAAAAGUGCGGCAGCAGCAGGUGAGAGAGGGGCUUCACAUACAGGCCGAAAACUCCAGCCGCCUGCUAUCUCAUAAAAAUGACUUUAAACGCUGGGUUUGGUUUGACGGAAUAACUGUGACCUUUAAAAAAUAAAAACCCGAGCCAUUCCCAUACAGCCACCUGUGGUCACGUUUAGGGAAAAGCGCCAUAGGAAGCAUUGCUUUGAACGAGAGAAAUAGCUAAUAGCUCGUGUUUGCGCGUGACUAAACGGUUACUAAGCAACGCCGAACAGUUUCUAUAACCGAUGAGUGGUCUGUUGAGCCUCGCACUGUAUUGUGGGAAAUGUGUAGUUCUUUAACGAAGCCCCGCUGUGUGGACGCUAACGGCCGUCGUGAUGUAAUGGGUAAAUGCACUGUCUGCUCUGUACAGCUCCGUGUCUACAUGUCUAUUCAGGAAGUACGAUUGUAUGUUUGUGUGUGUGUGUGUGUGUAAAUACCUGUUUUAUUAUUUAAUUUUAUUUUUAAAACCAAGUGUUUAACGAUAGGCAGAUUUUCUCCUGUGACUUGGACUCGAUGCCAAUCAGCACUGCAAUCCACAACGCUGUCUACACUACAGCACUUAAUACUGUCUACGUACUUUGUUUGGGUUUGUUUGAAUGUUUCAUUAUUAUUAUUAUUAUUUUUUGCCGAGUUACCGUCUGAUUGGAUCAAAUCCAUUUUUUGUUGUUUUUUCCCCCUCCCGUGGAAUUUUCUGGGGGAGGGAUGGUGGGAAUUCCUGCUUUGUGUGAACACUACCGGCACUGCUUGGAUGCAGUGAGGGAUCACCUGGGAGAGAACAACUGUGCCAUUCAAUAAAACAAAAAUUACAUUUUCAUGCAUUUGCAGUCUUUGCUCCUUAAGAUUCUAAUGUUCCGUUAUGUAAGCUUUGCUUUGUUUUGCUUGAAAAAAGGAAAAGAAAAAAAAAAAAGUCUCAACCCUGCCUGGGUUUCUCUUUCUCCCCCCCCCCAAAAAAUAAUCAGUGAGCUAAGCUGUUGUACUGCAGCUCAGGCAAACACUCAAGUGUCAUUGUGACUUUUUUCUUUUAACCUUUUUUUUUGUUGGUGUAUUUAACCAGUGAAGGACGGGACCGCUCAAACACAAAUAAAAGAUAAUUUUUAUUAAAAA